CAGAUGUGUAAUCGAUCAGACGCAAACAGGAACGCGAACACAAAACUAUUAGAAUUUUAAUUUUAAUAUUUUGAUAUAUUGCAGUUUGAUUUAUUACGAUAUUCGGAUUUUUUAAUCCACACAGAAAAUACAAUAUUAAAAACAAAAAUAAAAAAAUUAUGUGGCAACGUGUGAUGUUCAACACGUUAUAAGAUGUCACUCGUUUGUACAUUUUCAAAUAAACUUUGUUUAUACUUGUUAAGAGAAAAGUUUUUAAUUAUACUUAAGUACAAAUAAUUACUUGAGAUAAAUUACUAUGCCGCCUCCAACUGCUAGUCGAAAAUUUAUGUAUCCUGAACAAUCAGUGCCAUAUUCGAUAUAUAUUAAACAAGAAAAUCCUGAUGAAUUAUUUGCCAAACUUGAGAAACCGAGCAAAUUGCAAUUGGAGGAGAGACCAACAUUCUUAAAAGUUGGUGCACUUGCAACAGUCAAAGGUUCCGCCUACAUGGAAUAUGGCAAAACGAAGGUAAUGGCAUCGAUAGAACCUCCACGUGAGUUGAGCAAACAGACUAAGAAAAUGGGAACACUGGGUUUAGUUACAUGUACAUUAAAGUAUGCCCCAUUUGCCGUGAAAGAUCCAGCAUGUAUACCAAGAAAGGAAACUUCCAUGGCAUUGGCCUUAAAAAAAGCCUUAGAACCUGUUAUUUGUCGACAUGAAUUUCCAUAUUUUCAGCUUGAAAUAAAAGUAAUAAUAUUAGAUGAUGAUGGGUGUGCACUUAGUACAGCUAUUAAUUGUUGUGGUGCAGCUUUGGUAGAUGCUGGUAUUGCUACAUAUGACUUAAUAACAGCAUCGACAGUGUGCAAAUAUAAAGAUGUAGAAUUCGUUAAUCCAAAUGCUGUUAUUGAACAAUUAGUUUCCACAAUAACCGAUUCUGAAAGCAAUGAAGAACAUGGCAUUGUUGUAACCGCUAGUUUGGCCGCAGUUGACCAAAUAACCGAAUGUUUUCAAAAGGGAUAUUUAAAGCCGGAAACGCUGCAACAACUAACGGAUCAUACACUGGCUAUUAAUGAACGAGUAUUAGAUACAGUACGUUAUGUGUUAUUUAACAAGGUCAAAACACAGUUGGAAAAGGAGAAAGCCACAAGAGAAGAAAUUGAAAAUAUCAAUGUUAUCACCGAGAGCACAGUUUCUGAGUAAAUAUAAAUAAAUUGAGUCUUGCACCCUGACCUUAGGUCUAUUGUGGUUUCCUGUUUCUGAGUAAAUAAAAUGUUAGUUGUUUUACGAA